AUGGAUAUUCCAAAUGACAUAACUACAACAAUAUAUUUAAUAAGUUGCUUAAUAAUAACUCUAGGACUGAUUAUACUACUAAUAUGCUAUAAGAAAUAUAAUAAGACAUGGCCUAAAACACCAGUUAUCAUCAUUGGUAUUCUACUAUUUUUGUUAAAUUUGAACGCAUGGUAUUUCUUAUCAACUAAUUAUAAGUCAAAAAUAAGUAUUCUAGCAUCUUCAAAACCAAUACAUCAUGAUGUUUUAGAGACGGAAUUUAGAUCAUUUGAAGUUCCAGGCUUUUCAUUUAUAAAUCAAGUGCCUAACGAUGAAGAAUCUGAGAAUUUCGAUUGCAGUUCAAUUAAAAUGAUUAAUGAUAAUAUUAUAGAAUCAAGUCCUUUAAUAAAUUUAAAUAAAGAUGAUGAUUUGAAAUCAUUAAGGGAUCAAUUAUUAAAUAUGUCGGAAACAAAUGCAGUUUAUAAAUUAUGUUUUCAAGACAAGGAACAUGAAAGUGAGGAAGAUAUACUCAAGAAAAAGUGGUUUAAAUUUUGCGGUAGUUCCGUAUGGAUGAGUAAUUACGGAGUUUAUUUCACUAUUAACAGAAUAGUCUAUACAAAGGAAGGGUCUAGAAACAAUCCAACAAUUUCGAUUUUAUCAGGUCAAAUAUUUAAUCGAAAUUGGGAAGAGUUAAAAGAUUAUAAAUUUCCAAAUUCAAAUUUAACAUUUCCAACUAUUUUACCGCAUUACAUUGAUAUAGGAAAGAAAGAAAAGAAGGAAAUUAUAGGAAGUGAAGAUCCAAGAGUCAUACUUAAUGAAUAUAAUGAAGAUGGCAAAACAAUACAAGAACCAAUAGUUAUAUUCAAUGCAAGAAGAACUGAAAUUAAAUGGUUUAGAGCAAUGCAUAUAUAUCGACCAUUAUUAGACCCUGUCAAUAUUAUCAGGUUAUCAAUUAAGGAUAAAAAGAGAAGUUUUAGAGAAAAGAAUUGGGCACCAUUUAUGAAUCUGCAUGAUAAUGAUUAUAUCAAUUUUAUUUAUAAUUUUAAUCCAUUAAGAAUUAUAAAAUGUGAUUUAAAAUCUGGAGAAUGUAAUAAAGUUACUGGUCCUCCUUUUAAUACAUUAAAUGCAAAUGAUAAUGCAGGAAAAUUAAGAGGUGGUACUCAAUUAAUUGAAAUACCGGAAAAUUUCUUACCAAAUGAUGUAACUGAAAAGAAUAAAUUUUUGUUAGGUAUUGCAAGAUCACAUAAUAAAGAAUGUGGUUGUCUUAUCGAAUUAUACAGACCUCAUAUUUUCAUAUUAUCAAAAUCUAAAGAUCCCGAAAUUAAUAAUUAUCAAUUAGAUUAUGUUUCAUCAUUAUUAGAUUUUAAUAUUGUUCCUGAACCGUGGUCAAUUGGUAAAUCUACUUGUCAAGAUGGGAAAUCCGUCUUAAUACCCAAUUCGAUUGCUUAUUGGGACAAGAUUGGAAAUCAUGAUUAUAUGGGUAUUACUUUAAGUGAAGCUGAUAGAUCAAAUAAAUUGAUACAUAUUAGAGGGUUAUUACCUUAUUUAACGCAAAUUUUACAAAAACGAUUAGAUCAAACAGAUAAUAAAGAUACAAUAUUAUUAGAGAAUAAAUUAUUAGGAGAUUGUUCAACUUCAUUGUCUGAAGAAUAUUGUGAAAAGGCAGAGAAUUUACUUGGAUGGUAA